AUGUCCAUAUUUUACUUUGGCAUUGCACUGGUCAUAGCCAUAGCAGUUACAACAGCAACCUACAUCGCCACUGUCCUAGGACUGCUCGUCUACAGGUUCUGUUUGUGCAGAACCCAGAACUCCGUUGCGUACUCGUACUCGUACUCGGUGUCCAGGGUGAAGUACACCAGUGAGGCAGACGGUCAGGCCGAAUGUGUUGUGUGCCUGAUGGGGUUCGAGGAAGGUGAAAGCAUCAAGCAGCUCCAGCAGUGCAAGCACUUCUUCCACUCCUCUUGUAUCGAUCUGUGGCUCUACUCGCACUCCGACUGCCCAAUCUGCCGAACUUCGGUCUGUUGA